UUGGUCUUCUGGAGCCGCCGUACGUCGCUCCUAGUUCUUCAGAAUGGGAACGCGCUUGCUUAAUCUUAACGUGCACUUUCUGUUUACAGAAACUGUGAUAUAGUUACAAAAUUGGUCUUUGUUAAGGUGGAGAGUAAUGGAACCAGUUAUAAAGUUGAAUCCCGGAGCGACAAAGUGGGACAUCCGACAAAAAGUCUGGGAUUAUAUCGAAGCUAACAAUUUAGCCCACUUUCCAAGACCAGUUCAUAACCGAAUCCCAAACUUCAAGGGGGCUCACUGCGCCUGCGCCGCCGUCGCCGACCUCGAGCCGUUCCGCCGAACGAGCGAGGUGAAGGUGGAUCCCGAUAAACCGCUAGAAGGCGCUCGUCUAGAGGUCCUUCAGGCAAGAAAAACAUUACUAGUUCCAACCCCCCGUCUGCGUGCUGGGCUGUUCAACCGGAUUGUCCCUCCCCAGGGAGCAAGCACAGAGGACCUUCGUGUGUGUUCCACUUCUCAGGGGGUGAAGAACUUCAGUGUGCCGGUCGGUCUGGACGCGAAAGUGAGUGUCGACUUGGUGGUGGUUGGGUCGGUGGCUGUGUCUCAAAAAGGCUAUCGGAUUGGAAAAGGCGAAGGCUAUGCUGAUAUGGAAUACGCCAUGAUGGUGUCCAUGGGAGCCAUUAGCAGUGCUACUGUAGUCGUCACUGUUGUUCAUGACUGUCAGGUGGUUGAUAUUCCAGAAGAACUCAUAGAAUGUCAUGACCUCACAGUGGAUUAUAUCCUGACCCCGACCAGAGUGAUCCGGACAGAGUGCAAACGGCCCAAACCUCAGGGCAUCAUCUGGGCCAAGCUGAACGCUGACAUGUUAGAGAGGAUCCCGGUCCUUCAGAAGCUGCGUGCCCUGGAGCAGAAGUCUGGGAAAGAUGUGUCACUGGGGAAGGCCGUUUUCCCGGGGGAGGCGGCGCUGCCAGGGGGGGGGCGAGACGACGCGAUCGUGGAUGACACGGCCGUCACCACGCUGUACCUCGGUGGCGUCCCCGCGGGGCUACGUGUCAGUGAGCUGAAAAGCAGUCUGCAUGAACGCCGUGCAUCACCGCGGCGGCUCAUCUGGCAGGGAGCUCAUGGCAGAGCUUUUCUGGAGUAUGGUGACCACGAGAAGGCCCAGGCCGCACUAACCGCCCUACAGGCACUCUCCAUCAACGGUCACAACAUGCAAGUGGCAUUCGCCAGGGGUCAGAGAAGCAGGAGGGGACCUGGGGUGCCACACAGGACUGCCAAGGCGACCGAAAGCCAGACUCCCGGCCGGUCACUAAAACGCUCAUGAACAGCCAUUCAGUGGGGGCCGAUGCGGCUUGGGGGCGGAGCUUGGGUGGCGACCUCCUUUAGAAUGGCUGGGAGGGAGAUAUUUAAAGAACGAUAGAGAAGGCGUUUACUCAGAUGGUAUUAAUUUAAAGCCCGGUUUAUUGUUGCGGUUUUUUUGUACACAAUCGUGCUGGUGGGCUGCCAUCUACUCAGCUGUUAUCUGAACUCGUUUACAUUUGCUUUCUGAAAAAAAUGGCCCGUGGUACAGUUUAGCCUGGCAAUCUCUAAGAGAAGCAGUGCUAUAAAGUUAUUUCACAUAUUACACAGUGUGCCUAGUGUAUUGGCACAGGUAGGGGAAUAAUGACAAGCACAGGCACCAUUGAGCAGGGCAUGUAAUUUGAAUUAGCACCCAACUGCAUAGAAGGGUAAAAAUUCUGGGUUUCUUUGCAAGAUUUCAGCUAAGCAAAUAAAUCUGUGGUUUGGUUGAACUUCUGUUGCUUAUUAAAGUUUUUUUGGUCCGUUUCA